GACAGUCUUUUUGGCAGGAAUUUAAAUUGUUAAGUUUCUCAGUGUUGUUAGUGUAUCUACGAUUGUUAAUGACUACCAGAAGGUCCAGUGUCUUUUGUAAACUUCGUGAUCCCCCAGAUCAUAUAGUCACAAAUGAUGGCUGUUACAAAUGUGUCAACCAUGCAACUAAUAGUUUUAAAAAACUAUGCUAUUUUUAUAAAUCUGAUCAACUUACAGAUAUUAUUCUUAAAGCAGGAGAUACAAAAAUAAAUACUCACAAGUUGGUCUUGGCUUCAGUUUCUGAAUACUUUUCAGCUAUGUUCAAUUCAGAUCUAUUGGAAUCCAGGGCUAAGGAAGUGGAACUUCAUGAUGUUAAUGGGGAAGCACUAAAUGAUUUGGUUACAUUUGCAUACACUGGCUGUAUAGAGCUAAAAGAAGAUAGUGUUGAAAAUAUUCUUGCUGCAGCAGUUUUACUAAGAUUUGGAGAUGUAAUUGAAGCUUGCACCAUGUUUCUUAGAAAGCAAUUAGAUCCAAACAACUGCAUUGGCAUUGCUAUGUUUGCUGAAUCACGAAAUUGUUAUGAACUUAGAGAAGCAGCUGUUUCAUUCACUGAGGAACAUUUCAUUGAUGUGAUGGCAAGUCAAGAAUUUUUGAUGAUGCCAGCUGAUGAACUCGCUAAGUUUUUGUCUUCAGAUGAUGUAAAUGUACCAUCAGAAGAACUAAUUUAUAAGGGUGUUAUGGCCUGGAUUGAACAUGACAUCGAGAACAGAAGCCAGCAUUUAAAAGUAUUACUGGGAUUGGUCAAACUUCCUUUGUUAUCACCAGCUUUUUUAGUUGAUGAAGUAGUACCCAAAGUUGGCCAAGGGGGUGAAUCAUUGGUUAUAGAAGCAUUAAAAUACCAUGCUCUUCCUGAGCGUCGUACCAAAUUCCCUGCUAAUCGAGUCACACCUAGGAAAUCAACAGUUGGUCAGUUAUAUUCUGUUGCUGGCUGUGUAAGAGUAGAAGACAUGGUGAAUUGGUCAUCUACAAUUGAAGCUUAUUCACCGCGUCAUAAUAGUUGGUCACAUGUCACUAGUCUGCCUCAUCGACGCCUACAGUCUGGAGUGGCAGCAUUAGGUCAAAAACUUUUUGUUGUUGGUGGUCGUGACGGACUUAAAACCCUCAGCACUAUCGAUUUUCUUGAUUUGGAAGCAAAACUUUGGUUAAACAUUGCACCUAUGUCAACAAGCAGACAUGGAUUAGGUGUAACAACUAUGGAGCCAAAUGGACCACUGUAUGCAGUAGGAGGUCAUGAUGGAUGGAGCUACUUAAAUACAGUUGAAAGAUGGGAUCCAGAUACUGGAGAAUGGUCUUAUAUAAAAUCAAUGAAUUCACCACGUUCAACAGUUGGUGUGGCUAUUUUAUAUAAUAGGCUUUAUGUUGUUGGUGGAAGAGAUGGCAUAGCUUGUCUUAAAAGUAUGGAAGCUUAUGACCCCCUUUCUGAUAAAUGGACUAGUUGUACUCCUAUGUCUAAAAGGCGUGGCGGUGUUGCAGUUGCAGUACUAGAUGGAUAUUUAUAUGCUUUAGGUGGACAUGAUGUUCCUACUUGUAAUUCAGCAGCACGAUUUUCCUGUGUUGAGAGGUAUGAUCCUAAAAUGGAUCGCUGGCAAAAUGUUUGUUCUAUGUCUGUUGGUCGAGAUGGAAUAGGUGCUGGAAUUUUAGGCAAUAGAAUUUUUGCAGUUGGAGGUUAUGAUGGAGAAUCAUAUUUAAAAGUAGUUGAGGCAUAUGACCCUUUCACGGAUACAUGGUCUCAGGUAAAACUGUUGAUACAUUUUAAAUUGGCAUUUAUCAUCUCAUAUCACCAGCUUGGAAGAAAACCGGUACUACUCAAAAAUUAUAAAACUUUCAAUUUUCACUUAAUAAUUUUUGAGUUAAGCUGAUUUACUUCUAAAGUAGGGAUAGGGUAAUUAAAUGUAUAUAUAUGUAAGAUUGUUUUUAUGUGAUUUUAUGCUGUAUAUAAGAACAAAUACGUAAGAAUAAAAUGAAACGUUUACAAUAAAUAAUGUAAAGAGAUAAUAACAGUACCUGUAUAAAAGAAUUAAAUUGCAUGUCUUUUCACUGUAGUACAAAAUAAUAAUUAUUAAUCACCAUAUCAAAUCACAUGUCAUUAAUAGAUAACACACUGAAGGUUGCAACAAUAUUGUAGCACAGUGCAGCAAACUUACACAUCCCUCCUAAAGAGAAAGGAGAAGAAAGGAAGGAGCUUACUGGAAUGAAAGAAGGUGGAAACUUUUUUUUUCAACUUGUCACCUCAUAAAACAUCGGUGACUAUUGAAAAAGAUCCAAUUCAUAUGGGGUCGAAUUGGUUGUGAUUAAUUUUGUUACCAUUUUCAAUAUAUACAAAUUGCCUUUUUCUACUUCUAUUUUUCUAAAUUAGUAUUUUUCUAGUUCUAUAAUUUACCUUCAAAAUAAAGAAACCUGCUGAUUGCUUUAAUUAUUUUCAUUAAAACUGUUACGGUCUUUAAUUUAGAAGAAUUGUUUCUGCAACAAACCUGCCGGAUGCUCAGUUGAGACGGUAGGGUUCGCAAAAAAAAAAAAAAAAAAAUAAAAUAAAAUAAAAAACAAAUAAUCAAGAGUCAGUUAAAUAUUAAUAACUAUCUAACAGGUGCUAUUUAAUUUGUUGAAUUUGGAAAAUAGGAAUAGGAGGGACAUAUUUUCUCCGUAUAUUCCGUAGUCUCUAAUUUCAAAAUAGUUUUAAUUUUUUCCUCAUUUCGUCCACUUUAUUUAUUCCGGUAAUUCCACGAUUCUUUAAUUCAUACUCCAAAUCCUCUUCGAAUAACCUAUCGACAUUCAUUUUAAUCCGAUUUAGAUUUUUUUUUUUUAAAAAUUAAUAUUUUAAAAAAAUUUCAUAAAUUAAAAAAAACUAAAUUUUACUUUUAUACCCACUUUAUUUAUUUCAAGUCCCUGUUCAGGGGCGCCAUUUUGUUAUGGUCUUUAAUUUAGAAGAAUUGAUUCCGCAAUACACUUGCUGGAUGCUCAUUGGAGACGGUAGAGUUCGCAAAAAAAAAAAAAUAAAUGAUCAAGAGUCAGUUAAAUAUUAAUAACUAUCUAACAGGCGCCACGCUAAUUUUAGAUUUGUGGAAUUUGGAAAAUGGCGAAAACUAUAAAAAAAAAAAAAAUAAUAAAUAAAUAAAUAAAUUUAAUUUAAAAAAAAAAAUUGGAUGUGGAGUGAGCUACAAACUCGGAACCUAUGGGUUUAAAAACAUAUGUUAAUUAACCUCAUAACCUAUCGAACCUUCUUACUCAGUUAAUAUUGAUUUUCCAUAAUCCUCCGAAUAGGGUUUUACAAUUCCUUAUUAAACCUUAAAAAUAAACAAUAUAUAUACAUAAAAUGUGAAAAAAAAAUCAGAAAAAAAAGAAGAAAAUUAUUAAUACUAAUAAGAAAGGCUAUUAUUAAUACUAAUGAUGAAUUUACUUAUUCCUAUUGACUUAAAUAACAGUUAAAGAAAACGAAAAUUAUGAACAAGAAAUUAGAUUUAUAAGAAAACAAAGAAAAUACAAUUAACUUUAAUUAUCAAAGAAAAGAAUAUAAAAUUAUUAUAGAACUAAACAUUAACUGAGACUAACUAUACAAUAAACCAAUGACAAAUAUAUGAAGAAAAAAUAGAUAAGAACAAAAAAAAACUUAUAUAUACAUAUUUAAAAAAUCUCAAUGGUUGAACACUGUUCAAUUGGCACAUUGAGUUAUCUGAGGAAGCGGGAACUUAUUUGAGCUAGCGUCAUCAGGGUCUCCCCAGUCCAUUUCUUCAAGUUGUGAAAAUAUUUACUUCCCAACUUGUAAAAACAAGUGGCGCUCGUCGCUGAUAAUCACAGGUUCCUGGAGAGGAAAAGAAAAAUCCGGCAUACAUCGUAAAACUAAAGUAUUUCAUACACACAAAUCCUUAGUGUGCUUCUACACUCAUGAGGUUCUGCCAUAUCUCCUCAAACUGUCUUUUUUUUUCUCCCAAUCAGCUGUUGGUUAUUCCAAUCCAAAAUAAAAUUAAUACUUAAAACUAAGACUUAUUAUAAACUAAUACUUAUUAUAAAAACUAAUACUUAUUUUAAAAAAACCUAAUUUUAUUUAACUCUCUUCGAGAUAAUAAAAAAAAACAUUACUUUAUGAACUAAUUUUCAAUAAACCUCUACUUAAUUAAUACGACUUUAAAGCUUAUUAAACAAAGAAGUUUUCCUUAAAGUUGGAAUAUCUGUAGUAUAGUUGGAUGAUAAUUAAAAAAAUAGCGAUAAUUAAUGAUUUUUUAAAAACAGAACUUAGCUUAGUUUAGCCACUCAAAAGUCCUCUUUAAAUGGUUUUAACAGUGACAUAUUCUAUUUUGAUUUGAAGUAAAAUUUGUUUAGCUUACAGUAAAUUAGUUGGUUAUUACUUAACCCUUUCACUGUGGGAGCUCAUUUGAGUGUUUCUACCAGAUUGUGGGACCAUAAAUCCAAAAAAACGGAUUUUUUUUUUUUGCACAGAUUUGAUUAAAAUACUAUUUUGAAUCAUUCUGCAAGAUAUUGGAUUCAAAAAUGCAUUUUAACCUUUUUAUUUAACUUUUAAUAAACAGAACAUAUGCCUUCCCGGGCCGCACAUAGUAAUGCAAAAUUAGAGCGGCAAUCCUGCAAAACUUCUCUUUCUUGCGUAUUUGCUUAUUUCUGAAAAGCAAAAUAACUAAAAAUUAUCAUAAAAAUAACUGUAAGUGAUCAUAAAAAUUAAAUUAUAUUACUUAUAAAAAAAGGACACUGACGGCGGAAUUCAAAUUAUAUAUUUCUUUGUAUUUUCAAAAGACAAAACUUGGAUUCCCUACUUUUCUGCUGAAAAUAUAGGGGUGGAUCUGAGAGGAAUUGGUGUUAGGCGGUAAAGAGCUGCUGCAGCAGAGUAGUGAAGAACUGUGGAAGAGGCCCAGAUCCCAUACGGGCCGUAGUGCCAAGGAAGAAGAAUAAUCAAUUCUUUACAAAAUGAAUUAUCAUGAUUCCACUGUAGUAAUAAAAAGUAUUGCAAAAACUGGUGGAAUAUUUCUUUAGAUAUCAAAUAUUCAAUUUAAUUAGCGGCAAAGCACUCUAUGAGACACAAAGCAUUGCUUUUACCAAUAAGUUAUACAUUAGUAUAAAUUAGUUAAAUUUGUAAGGAAUUUAUUAAUUAAUAUUUUAUAUUUUUACAGAUGGCGCAAUUGAAUGUGGGUCGUGCUGGUUCCUGUGUUGUUUCUAUUAAAAAAGACUAAUUUUGUUUUGUUAUUUAUUAAUUAAAUAUAACUUAAUGUCAUGAAUAAUAUUAGGUAAGGGAAUUAAAAAAUCUAAAUUAUUUUAAAAAAGUAUCACUAAAUUAAGUUAUUUUUUCUUGAAUCAAACCGAGUGUAAUUUGCAAUUUUGCCGUAUAUUCUAGGCAAAAUAUGUAUUUUACCAAAAAUGAAAUAUAGUUCAGCUAAAAUAAUUGAUUCAUCAAGCAAUUCUGUAAACUUUCUUGUAAAUAGAAAUGAUACUUGACAAAUAAUGAUCUGAAGAAGAAAUACUAAUAAUUUUAUUGUGGAGGCUUUAUAGUUUUCAGCUCACUCCUUACAAGUAUUUUUACAAGAUGUCUGACAUCAUAUUAUAAAAUUAACUUUUUAUAUAUGUUCUCCCAUUCUAGUCACUUUUUAUUUAGAGCUCAAUUUAAAUAUAUUAGUUGUAAUCCAUUCCAGAUACUAAUAUUAGUUUUAGAUUAUAUUAAAAACUUCUAUUGCAAUAUUAGUUUUAGAUUAUAUUAAUAACUCCUAUUACAAGUCUUACAAUAUUUUUUGGGCUGCAUCAGAUGUUUACUGUUCCUGACAAGAACUUUUUAAUAUCUACUAACAGUUUUAGAAAUGUGUUACAAAUUUUGAGAAGAAGUUUCUGUUGUGUAUUGUACAGGUCUUUUAGUAAAUUAUUUUUUUAUUUUUUUUUAGAAAGAAUGGAAUGCUACACAACUCCCCUCAAAUUCACUUUAAUCAGUAUAAAACUUUCCGUUUUUAGUGGACGAUAAAAAAAUAAAUGAUCACUCUGGCCAAAUGCUUAGUGCUAAGCAUAAUAAUAAUUCUUUAUUAAAAACAUAAUACUCACUCCAAAUGAAUUUAAUGUGUAUGACUAAUAUCAGCUUGUAGGAAAUUUUUAUUUUUGAUUUCCAUACCUGAUAUUCAUGGUUGUUAUUUUUUCAUAAUGAUGGAAUCAACUGUUAAAAAAGUCUUUCUUAUAUUGAUGUUUCAUUUUUGUACAUAUUCUUUCUUAUUUUUCAAUUUAAUAACUAUACAUAUAUUAGUUUUAUAAGUAACGAAACAUUUAUUUGAGCGAAGUUUCUAAUUUUAGUUUUUUUUUUUGUACUUAACUACUUAUUAUAUGACUGAC